CCCCGCCCGGCCUCUGGCUGGGGUGGGCGCGCGACCGCCGUAGGUCAUGGGACUUGGGAGCCGGCGACCUGGGGGGCUUCUGAUCUUAUUUAAUAUGUGUCUGCUGCGGGCGAGGCAGGAGUGUGGGGGGUAGGUGGGGGUGGGGAGGAAUACAAAGAGAAACGCUUCUGGCCCUGCUCCUUAAUCAGCUUUCGAUUUCUUUGUGUGUGUGUGUGUGUGUGUGUGUGUGUAUGUGUGUGUAUGUGUAUGUAUGUAUAUGCGUGUGUGAGUGACUUGUACUCACAUAAGUAUGUUUCCCUGGACAAAGUGUGACUGGCUAGAUGUAAAAGUGGGGGCUGUGAGAAAUUGGGAGGAGCCAGAAAUAAAGUUUUAAGUCUAGUUAACCGGCGUUUCUGCCUACUGAGUGCCUGGCACUGUGCUAAGCUCCUCGGAAUUCGGAGAAAAGCGAUAAACUCGGCCCUUUGACCUCAGGGAGACCACUGUUGGGGGCUGGGGGACGAAGGAGACUUGGUGAAUGAGAGGACCACUAUGUAAACAAGACCAAAUAUCACAGGAUUAUGUACUUUCUCGCUGGAAGAAGCCUUAGGGAAUGACCAUCUAUCUCGAGCCUUUCCAUUUCUGAGGAAGAAACUAAGAUCUAGAGAAGGGGAUUUCUCCAGCUUUAUACAACCCAUGCUGCUUUAUUGCUAAAAGACCAAAAACAAACCCCAAAAGUUUCAUACAUAGUUGCAGUUUCCAACUUCGAUUUUUAAAAACAUUUCCUCUUUACAUCAUCAAAAGAAUAAAAUCUCUUCUUUGAACUCUCAAAGAUGCAUAGAUACAAAAGCAAGCUGCCUUUCGAAAAACUUCAGAUUUCCCUUAUUUCACUUCCCUUCCUAACCAGAGAACCAUUCCUUAUAAUAAAGAAUUUAAAAAAGGACAAAGAAAUCAGCAAAACCAGCCAGUACAUUACAGAAUUUGAUAUUCUAUAUAAUGCUUUACACCUGUGAACCUUCUACCUCCACAAAGUAUUGAGAGAAAUUAUUAAUACUUUUAAGAGGGAGUUUAGAAAUUGGAUGUGCAGGAUAACAUGUCCAAUGUUUCUGAAGGCAGAAGAAACAGGCAGCAGGAUAUUAAGAAAGGACUACAGUUUAUACAGUCACCUUUGCCAUACCGAGGAACACAGGAACAGUAUGAGGUGUUUUUAUGGACACUUAUAAGAAAUCUCUUUAAUGAAGGAAAUGAUAUGUAUCAAGAAUGUGACUGGAAUGGCUCAUUAAGUCAAUAUACAGAAGCUUUAAACAUAGCUGAUUAUGCAAGGUCUGAAGAAAUUGCAAUUUCUAAUGAAAUAUUAGAAAAGCUGCAUGUAAAUCGUAUUGCAUGCUAUUCAAAUAUGGGACUGAAUGAUAGAGUUCUAGAAGAUUGUGAUAAAGUUUUAAGUUUAAAUCUUAAUAACUGUAGAGCCCUGUAUCGGAAAGCUAAAGCCUUAAGUGACUUAGGAAGAUAUAAAGAAGCUUAUGAUGCAAUAGCAAAAUGUUCCUUGGCAGUGCCUCAGGAUGAAUGUGUAAUAAAACUAACUCAAGAAAUAGCCCAGAAAUUAGGAUUUAAAAUAAGGAAAGCAUAUGUUAGAGCAAAGCUCUCAAAUUCAAUUCCAGAGGAAGUAGCAACUAAGGGUUCAAAGAACUCUAUAGAAGAUAUAGAAUUGGAUUUAUCAGAUCCAAAACAUGAAGCUACUCCUGUUACUUCCCUUCUGCCUCCUGAAUUAUCAAAUGAAUUGGCUUCAAUUCCUAUUACACCUUUAACUCCUGUUUUACCAUUACAAAUGGAAAAGAGUUCUCUGCCUUCUGCCAUGUUAGCAAAUGGGGGAAAGAUUCCCUUUACUUUACCUGAAACAUAUUUAGAUGAUGGAGAUAUUGUUCUUGGUGAUGAAAUAGAUGAACUACUUGAUUCUGCACCAGAAGCUGAUGAAACCAUUAUGUCAGCCUCAGUAGUCAGAGGAUCCAUUCCAACAUCUAGUGUAACUUCUAGUAUACCCUUUUCUGCACCUCUAUUGGGAACAUGUGCAGGAUAUGUCCCUGCAUCUUCCUUUUCAGAAAUAUAUCCACAACCUUUGACUUCAUCAUUGGAAGAUUUUUGUUCUUCUUUAAAUACAUUUUCAAUGAGUGACUCCAAAAGAGAUCUGCCCACAUCAACUUCUAGAGAGGGAGCACUGCUUAACAACAAUAGUUCUUCCAUUUUACUUAUGAAUGGACCAGCUAGUUUGUUUGCUUCUGAGAGUUUCCUGGGAAUUUCAAGUCAACCUAGAAAUGAUUUUGGAAAUAUUUUUAAUAGUGGGUCUCCUAAAGUGUCUUCAUCUUUAGCUGGAAGAAAUCCACUAGAAGGAUCUCAUGAAUUACGUCAAGCAUGUCAGCUCUGUUUUGUAAAAUCAGGUCCUAAAUUAAUGGAUUAUACCUACCAUCUCACUUUAGAUCAUAAAUGUAAGAAAGACAUUUUAAUUGGUAGAAUAAAGAAUGUUGAAGAUAAAUCAUGGAAAAAAAUACGUCCACGACCAACAAAGACAAAUUAUGAAGGGCCUUAUUAUAUAUGUAAAGAUGUUGCUGCUGAGGAAGAGUGUAGAUAUCCAGGUCAUUGUACUUUUGCCUAUUGCCAAGAAGAGAUUGAUGUGUGGACACUAGAACGAAAAGGCGCAUUUAGUCGAGAGGCUCUUUUUGGUGGCAGUGGAAAAAUUAACUUUACAGUGUUCAAACUUCUUCAAGAACAUCAUGGAGAAUUUAUAUUCCUUUGUGAGAAAUGUUUUGAUCAUAAGCCCCGAAUAAUAAGCAGGAGAAAUAAAGAUAUUUCUUCUUCCUGUUCUCACCCCGUUACAAAGCAUGAAUUUGAAGACAACAAGUGCCUCGUUCAUAUUUUACGAGAAACUACAGUCAAGUAUUCUAAAAUCCGUGCUUUCCAUAGUCAGUGUCAACUUGAUCUGUGUCGUCAUGAAGUUCGCUAUGGCUGCUUAAGAGAAGAUGAGUGUUACUAUGCACACAGCCUUGUGGAACUAAAAGUCUGGAUAAUACAAAAGGAAACAGGUAUAACACAUGAUGCCAUUGCUCAAGAAUCUAAGCAGUAUUGGCAAAACAUAGAAGCAAAAGCACAUGGAGCACAGGUACCUGGGAACCAAAUAAAAUAUGGAUCUCUUAAUUUAAAGAUAAAGUUUGUAUGUGCCCCAUGUUUGAGAAAUGGCCAAGUCAUUGAACCAGAUAAAAACAGAAAGUACUGUAGUGCUAAAGCAAGGCACUCGUGGGACAAAGAUCGUCGAGCGAUGAGAGUGAUGUCUAAUGAACGUAAGAAGUGGAUGAACAUCCGUCCUCUUCCCACAAAGAAACAAAUGCCUUUACAGUUUGAUCUGUGCAAUCAUAUUGCUUCUGGUAAGAAAUGCCAAUAUGUUGGAAAUUGUUCCUUUGCUCAUAGUCCUGAGGAGAAAGAAGUUUGGACUUAUAUGAAAGAGAAUGGAAUACAAGAUAUGGAGCAAUUUUAUGAUAUUUGGCUAAAGAGUCAAAAACCUGAAAAAACUGAUGAUGUAGCUGGCCAGUCAAACAAGGAAAAUGGGAAACAAAUUCACAUGCCAACAGAUUAUGCUGAAAUUACUGUAGACUUCCAUUGCUGGAUGUGUGGGAAAAAUUGUAAUAGUGAGAAACAGUGGCAAGGUCACAUUUCUUCAGAGAAGCACAAAGAGAAGGUUUUCCACACAGAAGAUGACCAGUACUGUUGGCAGCACCGUUUCCCAACAGGAUAUUUUAGUAUUUGUGAUAGAUAUGUGGCUGGUACUUGCACAGAAGGCAACACAUGUAAAUUUGCCCAUGGAAAUGCUGAACUUCAUGAAUGGGAAGAACGAAGAGAUGUUCUAAAGAUGAAGCUUAGCAAAGCAAGAAAAGACCACUUGAUUGCACCAAAUGAUAAUGACUUUGGAAAAUAUAGUUUUUUGUUUAAAGAUUUAAACUAAUACUAAAAGUGAUAUGUAUGUUUCCUAAUCAAAGCAUCAACUUGAAAAUUUCAAAGUAUUCAAAAGCAUGUAGCAGAGAAGCUGCAAGUUUUCUGCUUGUAUUGGCAUAUAUAUUGUUCCUCCUGAACAACGUUUCUACGGUGGGUAUGAAAAUGGGGUGUUUAACAGAUCUGGCUGAGCUGUCAUGAAACCAGAUGGUAAACUGACAGGCUGCCAUAAAGUAUACCAGAUUUGCCAUCUGUUGAACACAAUUUUGGAUGGAAGGUUGUUAGGGGGAAAAGGAUGAGGAAAAGGAAAACCUCUUGAGUUGGUCCUUAAGCUGAGACCUUUAAGGUAGGAAUAAUAAGCAAUGUUCUGGAAUAAGAAGAAAAUGAUGGAUGAAAUUCUUUAAGUGUUUUAAUGGAAAGAGUGUUUAAAAAGAAAUAAAGUUUGCUACUUAUCUGUAUGUAGGUUGCUAAAAAGGAUUUUCUUAAUAAAGAUUUUAAGCAAAAUAACCAUUUAACACUAAUAUAUGUUGAAUGGGGUAUUUUUUUCUCUAUUUGUAUGUUUCAUUAUUACUUACUGAAAAGAAUCUUGAAGAAAUGUGCACAAAGAAUUUUUGGAGAAUCAGUUGGCUGAAAUUUUAAUUUUUUUUUUGGUCUUUGCUGUUUAAAUGAUGAUUUUGAAAGAUUUUACCUGUAUUGUUGGUAUUGUGUAUUGUAUGGACCAAUAUUGCCUGUAAUCAAACUUUAUAUAAAUGCCUUUUGGGGGAGGGUGGGCCAGUCCUUUUUAAUGAAAGAAAUAUUGUUGAAACAUUUUAUUUUCCUAUUCAACAUUAAGGUUCUUCACCCCCUUUUUUUUGUAGUCAGGAAAUUAUGUACUAAAUGCUUAAAUAUUUAGCUGCCUUUUUGAAUGUGUGCUUUUUCUUUCUCUGUACCCUUUCCUUUUGGAUUAAUAAGAAUCUUCUGUGUAAUUGACUUACAUGCUAUUUCUUAUAUUAACUCUAUUUCUUAUAUUAGCUGUUCCAUGUUUUAUCCCAAAAGGAGUGCAUGAUGUCUUCUGAGGAGGUGAAACCCAAUAUUAUAUCUUUAGCUUUUUACAGUACCAACUUUCAUAUCGAUUUAUGAGAUCAUCAUAUCCAUGCUAUUUUGAAAUAAAGCCGUAAUGUAAUUAAAGUAAUAAACUACUUCUGCUCAAUGCUAAA